AGAGCAGUUCUACUUCCCGCCACAGGGGGCAGCACCGGUGAUUUAGGAGGGCGAUUCAAAUGCAAGGAGGGCUGAGGAAGCGAGUAAACAAACCGCUUAUCAAAGCUAACCGUCAGCGUCAUAUAUUUAACAGUUUACUUUGGAGGUAAGAAAGCAGCGUUUAUAAUCAUGUGCAGCUCCAGCCCGACGAUAGGGUUAAUUAUAUUAAUGCACAGGACGGUUUGUAUCUGUAGUCGCCGAGACUAAACGAGAUCGCGCUGCAAAUGUGUGCGUGUGUGUAGCCGCGUAGAGCUAGCUAAAACAUAGAAAUAAAUAAAUACUAUACGUUGCAAUGGUUUAUUAAGAUACAAUAAAAUAACACAUUUAAAAACAAUGUGAAUUCCAUAUAUCCAUUUGUCGUCUUCAUGCAAAAUCCGACUUUUUUUUUCUGGUGCAAAUCUGAUCAAGCCCUAUGUUCAUACUCCAUCUCUGUCCCGCCUUUCGUUUAUUAUUUAGGGGGUUGAGUUCAAGCGAGGAAGCAGGAGAAUGGCAACAAAAAAACUGGCGAAGACACUGGGAUUGAUAAGGAGACGCAGUGGAGCCUCCAGUCCCUGCACUCUGAAGAGGAGCGGGGCAGAGCAGUUCUUUUCAUACCUCAUUGUCAUAGACUUUGAAUCCACUUGCUGGAGAGAAAAAAAUCACUACGGACAGGAAAUCAUUGAAUUCCCUGCAGUUUUGUUGAACACAACCAAUGGGCAGAUUGACUCUGAAUUUCAAACCUAUGUACAGCCACAAGAGCAUCCGACCCUGUCCGAGUUCUGCACAGAGCUCACUGGAAUCAAACAGAGUCAGGUUGAAGCCGGAGUCCCUCUCAGGAUCUGCCUGUCUCAGUUUUCCCGUUGGCUUCAGAAGCUGCAGCAGGAGAAGAACGUGGUAUUUGUUACAGACCUGUCUGGACUCUGUGCUCCCAGUGCUAAGCCAUGCGCUUUCGUCACCUGGUCAGACUGGGAUUUGGGAGUCUGCCUGCAGUACGAAUGCAAGCGAAAGCAGCUCCGCAAGCCUCCGGUUUUAAACCGCUGGAUCGAUCUCAGAGCGACAUACAAGCUGUUUUAUAAUCGAAUGCCGAAAGGAUUGAGUGGAGCUCUGCAGGACCUGGGCAUUGAGUUUUGUGGACGGGAGCAUUCAGGUCUGGAUGAUGCCAGGAACACUGCCAGUCUGGCUUGGAGAAUGAUAACCGAUGGCUGUGUGAUGAAAGUCACCAAAUCUCUGGACCGGGCACCCCCGAAGACGACCCCGCCUGUCAGGCCUCUUGCGUUGAAUGCUGACGUUGCCAGCGUGUCUAAAAGCACCGACAGUUGUAAGGCAUACAGAAGAAACGGCAUGGCCAGGAGCAGCAAGCAGGAGCAAGCAGGAAACGGAGACACAGUGCCCAGUGCCAGUAAAAUAAAGAAGCUGGGGACAGAUGCCCUGCAAACCACACUGCAGGCUCCCAGGCAGCAAGCCAGCGCAACCGGCUGUCAGUACCGAAGCCUGGUGUCUCCAAAGACCCUGCUUAAUGGACUGUCUGCUCCUGGAGCCUGGGGGAGACUCGCACAACCAGUGACUACUCCACAGGCCCAGGCGCGGGGAUCACCGGUCACUGCCGAAAGCCCCUCCCUCUCCACACGAAGCCUGGUCCUGGUUGCCACCACAGUGGAUUCUGUUACGAGUAUAUCGAGUUUGGACUUGAGCACUGCUUGUGACUCUGGGACACUGCUGGCUGACUGGGAGGACGGCGCAAUACUGCCUGAAAUGGAGGAGCAGAGUUCCUAUGAUGCAGUGACUCUGGAGCAGGAGGAGGCGGGCUGGGGAAUGGCGAUGCCUGCAGGCACGGCGGGUCUAACCGCGGAUGUGUCAAAUUGUACAGAGGAGUUCAAGAACGAUGGGCCUGCUGUGUGUUUAAAAUCCCAUCUGCUCAAUCCCUCUGAGUGUAAAAGCUGCAACAUUGCGGUGUAUUCGGGAGAGGAUGCAGGGGCGCGCUUUUCAAUGGGAGGGGGCACUGGGGCGCGCUCUUCGGGCAGCAUUGCUUUUAAGGCUCCUGCAGCAGCAGCAGCAGCAAAAAGCACCGCUGGGGCAAACCGGGCCAGAAUAAACCCCCCCAGCUCGAGUUCAUUCUCAACAGCCAGACCCAGGCCUCUCGGGGGUGAGAAAUCCACACGAUCGAGCCUCUAUUUCCCAAAGAGCAACCCCUCCUUCACCAUUCGUGCAGACAAAGAGGCUUCGCUCUGCAGCCGCUCCGGAUUGUCCUCUGGCGGCUUGGUCCUCUCUGCCACGGUUAACUGGACGUCCUUACCGCCGUCCCACGUGGGAAAGGUUACCCCCCCGCUGUGCCAGUGCGGCCGUAGAGCCAAGAAGCUCAGCGUCUCCAAUGGGGGUCCCAAUCAUGGCAAGGGCUUCUACUGCUGUCCUGUCGGGAAGCGGGGCUGUGGGUAUUUCAAAUGGGAGUCUGUGCUGCUUAAAGAGAAGUCUAGAGCCAGUUUCAGUCCUUCUGGGAGUCUCGCAUCCUUCCAGAGCAGUAACCUGGCUCUCAGACCCUCUUUGAGAAGUUAAUGCAGCAAUCGUGUUCUUCAAACAGUCUAUAGGAGUGUGUAACCAGGGACAGUCUCUCUCUGAGCAUCUGUCGUGUGCAUGCUCAGUUCGCUCUACUGCCACCCUCAGUGGUGGUACAGAUGUUGCUAAUUGGGCUAAUGCAUGAAGGCUAUUUUAUUUGAAUUGUAACAAACACAUUUUAAAUCUUUUUAAAAUGUUUAAUCAGAAGAAUAUGUAAUGUUGUUUUAAUUUAACUUAUUAACAUGCAAGAAAGAUGUAGGGUUACACUCUGUUCUCUGUACAUAUUAUUUUUG